UCUGUCUCUCCGUCUUCCUCCUCCGCUGCAGAAACUAAACACAACUCGAAAGCUCGGGCGAGCGGAAAAGGACAGAACGGGAUAAGAGAGAGAGAGACAGAGAGAGAGAGAGAGCUGUAGAGAGAGAAAGCCGAAGCUCACGGAGUUUUAGAGAGAGAGAGGGAGAGCCGGUGGGAAAUCUUGAGGUGAGCGGCGGAAAUGGCGACGCCGUUGGCGGGGAGCGGCGGGGGCGGGGGCGUGGCGGUGCUGGCGAGCUCCAUCGAGAGCAACGGAGGGGGAGUGGACUCGCCGGCGGUGAGCAGGUGCAUGGAGGAGCGCGGGCCGGAGUCGCCGAUUUCGAUGUUCCUUUACUUCCACAAGGCGAUUCGGCAUGAGCUCGAUGCGCUCCACAAGCUCGCCAUGGCCUUCGCCACCGGCCGGAGGGAGGACAUCCAGCCGCUGCUUGAGCGGUACAAGUUCCUCCGCUCGAUUUAUAAGCAUCACUCCAAUGCCGAAGACGAGGUUAUCUUUCCAGCUCUUGACAUACGUGUGAAGAACGUAGCGCAUGCAUAUUCCCUUGAGCACAAGGGGGAAAGUAACCUUUUUGAUCAUCUGUUUGAAUUGCUAAAUACAAGUGGACAAACUGAUGAAAGUUUUUUAAGGGAACUAGCUUCUUGUACUGGAGCCCUCCGGACAUCAGUUUGCCAGCACCUAGCAAAGGAAGAGGAGCAGGUCUUUCCUCUGCUUAUUGAGAAGUUCUCACUUGAAGAGCAGGCAUCUCUAGUCUGGCAGUUUUUAUGCAGCAUUCCGGUCUAUAUGAUGGCAGAAUUUCUUCCGUGGCUUUCUUCCUCAAUUUCUGAGGAUGAAUAUCUGGAUUUGCACAGUUGUUUGAGCAGAGUAGUUCCAGAAAAAAUGCUCCUUCAACAGGUUAUUUUCGCCUGGAUGGAACGGAAGGAUGGUGCUAAAUCUGUAGAUAAAUGUGGUGGAAAUUCUAAUGGUAGCUCACCACAAGAUCCAUCGAAUAUAAAAUGUGCUUGUUUAUCAUCCAAGACCAGUAAAAGGAAGCAGUCUGAAUCAGUUCCAGUUGUCUCAGAUGAUGUUGUCACACAUCCAAUAGAUGAAAUAUUGCUCUGGCAUAAUGCCAUUAAGAAAGAGUUACACGAAAUUGCUGAUCGAGCUCGGAAGAUACAGGUUUCUGGAGAUUUCACUGAUCUAUCAUCCUUCAAUGAGCGACUUCAGUUUAUUGCUGAAGUUUGCAUCUUUCACAGUAUUGCGGAAGAUAAGGUCAUCUUUCCUGCAGUAGAUGGGAAGUUAUCCUUUAUUCAGGAGCAUGCUGAAGAGGAAAGUCAGCUGAAUGAGUUUAGGUGCUUGAUUGAAAAGAUUCAAAGUACUGGAGCAACUUCUACAACUGCUGAAUUUUACACAAAGCUCUGCUCACAUGCUGAUCAGAUAAUUGAAUCUAUAGAAAAACACUUCCACAACGAGGAAGUUCAGGUUCUACCCCUUGCCAGAAAACACUUCAGCUUCAAAAGACAGCGGGAACUUUUGUAUCAAAGCCUGUGCAUGAUGCCCUUAAAAUUGAUAGAGUGUGUUUUGCCUUGGCUUAUUGGUUCAUUAGGCAAAGUUGAAGCAAGGAAUUUUAUCAGAAACAUGCAGUUGGCAGCUCCUCGAUCAGAUUCUGCUUUGGUAACUCUUCUUACUGGUUGGGCUUGCAUGGGCCGCAAUCAAGGCCAAUGUCUGUCUCCUUGUGCAACUGGCUGCUGCCCUUUCAAAGUAUCCUCUGAGAUUGAAGAAGACUUUGUUCAAUCAUUUGGUCCAUGUGCUUCUUCUGCAUUGCCAUUAGAUAAUUGUAUCUCUAGUGAAGCUGAUGAAUUUACUAGACCAGCCAAGCGGAGUGCCUCUGCGCUAUGUGAAGUCAGCAAGGACCAAAACUCUAAAGAAAAUUUGAAGAACAAUGAACCCUCUUGUAGCAACAGGUCUUGCUGCGUUCCAGGUUUGGGAGUAAAGAGAAGUAAUCUGGGAUUGAGUUCUCUAUCUACUGCUAAGUCCUUGCGUUCCUUGUCUUUCAACUCAUCUGCUCCAUCCCUUAAUUCGAGUCUUUUUGUCUGGGAAACGGAUGGCCAUACUUCUGAUGAUGGGGCUACAGAACGGCCCAUUGACACUAUCUUCAAGUUUCACAUAGCGAUACGGAAAGACUUGGAAUACUUGGAUGUAGAAUCUGGGAAGCUUGGUGACUGUGACGAGACAUUCCUAAGGCAGUUUAUUGGAAGGUUUCAACUACUAUGGGGCUUGUACAGAGCUCACAGUAAUGCUGAGGAUGACAUUGUUUUCCCAGCCCUGGAAUCCAAGGAGGCUCUUCAUAAUGUCAGUCACUCAUAUACACUAGACCAUAAGCAGGAGGAAGAGUUAUUCGAAGACAUCGCAUCUGUCCUUUCUGAGCUCUCACAGCUUCAUGAGAGAUUACACAAGGGUUUGGUGAUAGAGGAGAACAAUGACGUUGAAUUUCCUGCCAUCAAUGGUGAUGACUCCACGCAGAAGUACAAAGAGCUCGCCACGAAACUCCAGGGCAUGUGCAAGUCCAUUAAAGUCACCCUAGACCACCACAUUUUUCGGGAAGAACUUGAGUUAUGGCCCUUAUUUGGAAAACACUUCUCUGUUCAGGAGCAAGACAAAAUUAUUGGGCGUAUAAUUGGGACAACAGGUGCUGAGGUGCUGCAAUCGAUGUUACCCUGGGUGACCGCAGCACUUACUCUUGAUGAGCAGAACAAAAUGAUGGACACAUGGAAACAGGCAACAAAAAAUACAAUGUUCAAUGAAUGGCUUAAUGAUUGCUUGAAAGGAACUCCAGUAUCUUCCUUACAGGCUCAAGGUCAAACAUCAGAAGUCACCACUGCUCAGAAUGGUAUUGAUUUUCAAGAGAUUUUGGACCACAGUGAUCAGAUGUUCAAACCUGGAUGGAAAGAUAUCUUCCGGAUGAAUCAAAGUGAACUCGAAUCUGAGAUCAGAAAAGUUUAUCGGGAUUCUACUCUUGAUCCACGGAGAAAAUCAUAUCUUGUCCAAAAUCUAUUGACUAGCCGUUGGAUUGCAUCACAACAAAAGAUGCCUCAAGCAGUGACAGGAGAAACAUCUAAAGGCGAAGACAUUGCUGAUCGAACUCCUUCAUAUAAUGAUCCAGAGAAGAAGAUAUUUGGAUGUGAGCACUACAAAAGAAACUGCAAGCUCCGUGCAGCUUGCUGUGGAAAGCUGUUCCCUUGUAGGUUCUGCCAUGAUAAAGUUAGCGAUCACUCGAUGGAUAGGAAAGCAACAGCAGAAAUGCUGUGUAUGCGGUGCUUGGAGAUUCAACCAGUUGGACCUAUUUGCGCUACCCCUUCAUGCAAUGGAUUUUCAAUGGCAAAAUAUUAUUGCAAUAUAUGUCAAUUUUUUGAUGAUGAAAGGAAUGUCUAUCACUGUCCCUAUUGCAACUUAUGCCGUGUCGGAAGGGGCCUUGGCAUAGACUAUUUCCACUGCAUGACGUGUAACUGUUGCCUGGGCAUGAAGCUAUCGAGCCAUAAGUGCUUGGAGAAAGGCCUCGAAACAAACUGCCCUAUUUGUUGUGAUUUCUUGUUCACAUCUAGUGCGACAGUCAGAGCCCUACCAUGUGGCCAUUAUAUGCAUUCAGCUUGCUUUCAGGCAUACACGUGCAGCCACUACACCUGUCCAAUUUGCAGCAAGUCUCUAGGAGAUAUGGCGGUCUACUUUGGCAUGCUUGAUGCUCUUUUAGCAGCUGAGGAGCUCCCAGAGGAAUAUAGAGAUCGUUGUCAGGAUAUAUUAUGCAACGACUGCGAUCGGAAGGGCACCGCCCGCUUCCACUGGCUGUAUCACAAGUGCGGGUUCUGCGGGUCCUAUAACACGCGCGUGAUCAAGAUAGACACCACCAACUCGACUUGCUCACAGUCCAACUAAUCCGGUUCUCCCCUCCCUCAGAGUACUAGUCGUUAGAUUGUAAAUAGUUAGAUGUAUAGCCAAUUCAGUUUACACAAAAUGUGUCGGCAUAGGUUUUGAUAGUCUUUUUGUGGAGUAAUUCUUUCGGUUUCGGGAAUCAUCUUGAGAGAAACAGUGGGAAUCUAAGACGGAUCGAUAUGAGUAGGUUGUCAAAGAGCUGUCGUGUACAGAAUUUUGGAAGUCCUGUUUCCUAGCGGUGUGUUUCCCAGUUGCUCUCCUCCAACAGUUGCUCGAGACACCAUUAAUCAAAUCUCUUUUUCCCCGAUACGAGACAAA